UUUGCGAGCGUCUCCUCGGCCUCCGUCCGCCGAGUCACCGUCGACCGACCGAGCGAAUCCGCCCGGCCCCCCCGACCGUGAAGUUCCCAUUACUCUCGUCUCGGGCGGUCGCCCCGCCUGGCCCAGGGAUAAUGAUGUGUUGUUUCUCUCCGGCAUAAUCUGUCAUGCGUGCCUCCUACGACCAAGCUCGCAUUUCUCCUUGUUCUUAUUUUUUUUAUAUUCGUUUCUCGUUUCCCCGUGGUCGCGGGCGCGGAAAGAAGAGAGAGGAGAGAGGGGAGGAGGAGGGAGACGCCGCGACGUGGAGAGAGCUCCUCCGAUCCGCUCGCUCGCCACCAAGAGAGAGAGAGAGAGAGUACGCAGAGGAGCGGCAACAUCCAUCCAGUCAGCACCACCACCACCACCUCGUCCUCCUCGUCCUCCGCGCCACACCGCGACGCAGCCAUGUCCAAGUCGGCUGACCGCACCUCGACGUUCGACCCCUCGCACAGCGACAGCGUCCUGAGCGGCCUCAACCUCCUGUGGCGGCGGCAGAUCAUGUGCGACGUCACGCUGCUGGCGCACGGGCAGGAGUUCCGCUGCCACAAGGCCGUGCUCGCCUCGUGCUCGCAGUAUUUCCGCGCGCUCUUCGAGAACGGCCUCCACCGGCCCUCGGACCCCUUCUCCACGCCGGGUCACGGUGGAGGAGGAGGCGGUGGUGGUGGCGGUGGCGGCGGUGUCGCCGGACUAAGCAGCAGCGGCAGUGGCAGCGUGAGCGGAGCUUCGUCUCCACAUGACUGCAAGGAUAAGGUGACGCCACAUGGCUCGCCUUCGUCCGAAGCAGCGGCGGCGGCGUCGGCCAAGUCGGGCCUCAUCGCGAGCGUGGUGCUGCAGGGAUGUCCGUCCGGAGGCUUGGCGCUGGUGCUGGAGUACAUCUACACGUCCAACAUGACGCUGUCGCUCGACACGGUGGAGGAGGUGCUCGUGGCAGGGAAGCAGCUGCACAUGCCCUCGGUCACCAAGCUGUGCGCGCAGUUCCUCAACGGGCAGAUUUCGGUGCAGAACUACAAGCAGGUGAGCCGCAUCGCCGCGGCGCACGACCUGGACGAGACACGCAAACUCGCGAACCGCUACUUCGUGGAGGACGUGCUGGCGCUGGGCUUGGGCGAGGUGUGCGCAGUGCUCGAUGGGCCCCCGCCGCCCGUCGAGUCGGAGUUGGCCCUCUUCCAGAUGGCCGUCAUGUGGCUCGAGCACGAGCGCGAGGGACGCAUGCGGCGAGCCCCCGAGCUGAUGCGCCGCCUGCGCUUCGCGCUCAUCCCGGCACACGACCUCGUGGAGCACGUGCAGAGCGUCGACUUCAUGCGCUCCGAGCCCGCGUGCCAGAAGAUGCUGCUCGACGCCAUGAACUACCACCUGAUGCCCUUCCGGCAGCACUGCAUGCAGAGCGAGGCGAGCAGGAUACGAGGCACCAAGAAGUCUCUGCUUCUGCUGGGGGGGCUCCCCCCGGGACCCGACCGCCUGCCCAGCAACCUCGUGCAGUUCUACGACGACUCGCGCAAAACGUGGAAGAUCCUGACCGGGAUGCCCUACAACAGCGCGCACCACUGCGUGGUGGAGGUGGAGAACUUCCUCUUCGUUCUCGGCGGAGAGGAUCGCUGGAACCCGGACGGGAAGCACAGCACCAACUUUGUGAGUCGCUACGACCCCCGGUUCAACACGUGGGUGCAACUUCCUCCCAUGCAGGAGAGGCGCGCGUCGUUUUUCGCGUGCCACCUCAACCGCCAGCUGUACGUGAUCGGGGGUCGCAACGAGACGGGCUACCUCUCGUCGGCCGAGGGCUACAGCCUGGAGAAGAACGAGUGGCGCUACGUGGCCGCGCUGCCGCACGCGCUCGCCGCUCACGCCGGGGCCCUGCACGACGGGAAGAUCUUCAUCUCCGGAGGGGUUCACAAUGGCGAGUACGUGAAGUGGCUGCACUGCUACGAGCCCGAGAGGAACGCGUGGGCCAAGCGUGCCGACAUGAGCACCAAGCGCGCCAUCCACGUGCUCGCCGCGCUCGGCAGCCGCCUCUACGCCAUCGGGGGCAACCACCUCAAGGGCUCCAGUCACCUGGACGUGCUUCUUGUCGAGUGCUACAGCCCGCAGGCCGACCAGUGGAGUGUUCUAUCCACUGCUAUGCUGGAGGGCCGCAGCGGGCCCGGCUGCUGCACCCUCGAUGGGCUCGUCUACCUCGUGGGCGGAUACAGCUGGAGCAUGGGUGCGUACAAGUCGUCCACGCUUUGCUUCAGCCCGGACACGGACUCGUGGACAGAGCUGGAGGGGGAGAUGGUGGAGCCGCUCGCCGGUCCGGCCUGCACCACCAACGUCCUGCCGGCGCACAUGCACUACCGCGCCUGACACCCCCCACCACCAGCACCACCACCUCGCUGGGGGCGGCGGUGCGGAGUGUUUCUGCAUCGCGUCGCCGCACGGGGCGGCAGAAGCAGCCGCGCUCUCCGCGUGGCACCACCGUUCGGUGAUGGGGGAGCUGAUUGGUUUGGCGAAGGUUUAGAGCGCCGUGCCGUGUAAUGUGACACGCCAAGCCACGGGACACCGUGCCAAAAUACACCACGCCACGGUGCACCAUGCCAAAAUACACCACGCCACGGUACACCACGCCACGGUACACCGCGCCAAAAUACACCACGCCACGGUACACCGCGCUACGGUACACCGUGCCAAAAUACACCACGCCAAAAUACACCACGCCACGGUACACCGUGCCAAAACA